CAAACGCCUCCUUCAGCGCCCUGUCUACCUGUGGCUACAGUUUCAGGGUACUACGCAAGCCUUUCAAUAAAACCUGUUUUAACGGUAUGCGUUUCACCGAAAGCGGCGACACAAUUAGAUCUGUUAUCAUCUUCCAGUUCAAAGAUUAGAUUAGUUCAGUAGUUGAUGGACAGAUCAGAUCUCAGAACAGUGAGUCAUUAACCAUCCGAUGUAUUCAGGAAGCAGAAACUUCGCCCCGUCAGUGUCACACUCUAGUCGAUGACAUCGCUUUGGUGAAGAUGGAGACCACGGACCAAAGCCCAGAGCAGCAGACGACACAGGGCUACGGCUACGAUGGGGAAUCGGGGGAGUACGACGACCUGAGCGAUCUGACCUCUGCGGAGCCCUGCCUGCCGGUGGUGGCGCAGCGCUUCCUGCGCAUCUUCGCUCCCGUCCUCUACUCGGUGGUUCUGCUGCUGGGCGUGGCAGGCAACGGGAUGGUGGUGGUGGUGAUCAGCCGCUGCCGGGGCCCCCGGCGUACCGCCACCGACACCUUCCUACUGCAGCUGGCCGUCGCAGACCUGCUGCUCGCUCUGACCCUUCCGUUCUGGGCGGCCGAGGCGCUGGUGGGCUGGUACUUCGGCACGGUCCUCUGCAAGCUGGUGGGCGCCGUGUUCGCCCUCAACCUGUACAGCGGCCUGCUGCUGCUCGUCUGCAUCAGCUUCGACCGCUACCUGGCCAUUGUGCACGCCGUGCACAUGUACAAGCGCAGGCGUCCGGCUUACCUGCACGCCGCCUGCCUGACAGUGUGGGCCCUCUGCGCCCUGCUCGCUGCCGUGGACCUGGCCUUCCGCGACGUGUUCGAUUCCAAAUACCUGAACGGGACGGUAUGCACCUACGUGUUCCCGGCCCAGAACGCCGAUGGCUGGAAGCUGGCUCUGCGCCUGACUCACCAGGUGCUGGGCUUCUGUCUGCCCGUGGCCGUCAUGGUGUACUGCUACGGCAGCAUCUUUAAGACCGUGUGCGGCGUUCAGCUGGCCCAGAGGCAGAGGACGCUGCGAGUGGUGGUGGCGGUGGUCACCGUCUUCCUGGGCUGCUGGACGCCCUACCACGUCGUGCUAUUUCUCGACACCCUGCAGGGACUCGGGGCGCUGUCAGACGCUUGCGACCUAAUCAGCGCACUCGAUAUCGGCCGCCCCGUCACCCAGGGCCUGGGCCUGGCGCACUCCUGCCUCAACCCCUUAAUCUAUGCUCUGAUCGGGGUGCGGUUCCGGCGGGAGGCGACGCGGCUGCUGGCCCGGAUCGGUUGUCCCUGCGCCCGGGGCGGGGACCGGAGGGCGAUGCGGGGGACCCGCGGCAAGAGGGGCUCGUCCGGCAUUUCCGCCUCCGAGACCUCGACCACUUACUCGACGCUGUGGUAGGGCAACUGACUGCAGCCCCCCCAGCCAUUCCUCUCACUCCGCUCAUCAUCUCCCCCUCAUUUUCUUCAUCCAUUCCACCACUCUUACCCCGCAACCCUCCCCUGCCCUUCCGGACCUCGCCAUCCGUCCCAUCUUCACAUCCCCUCUUCCCUCAAACCCUCCAUUUAUUCUAGGGGUGACUGUACCCUAACCCGAGGCCCAGGAAUACUCUUGCGGUCCGACAACAAGACCCCACGGGGAGAGGAAGCCCAGGAAAGAAUGAUCCCACCAGCAGCUCCCCGCUUCUGACCGCACCCCCGUCCCCGUCCCCGUCCCCCCCACGAAUCAGCCAGGCCUGUGCCUGAACCGCCGUGUCCUCUGCAGGAAAUUCCUCAGGAUCGUCCCGAUAUCGGGGGAAGAGGCCUCCACAGAUUUGCACGAGGAAGGAAUUCCAUCGAAAUGGGGUAGUGCCUCACCUUUGGGCAGUGACAUCUGCUUCUAAUGUCUGGUCACCCCCCCCCCCACACCUGUCCUCGAUAAGACGAAAAGGGAUCACCCACAGGAGCUUGGGGAUAGGAGCCGUCGGAGCGGGGGAACGAUCGAUGGAAUGUGAACACAGUCCAGACUGGUCUCCACUCUUCUGCAGGCCGACUCACAAAUGUACUCAGCGUAUAACUAAUAAACUAGCAGCUA